AUGAGCCAAGAAAUUGACGCGCGUUGCAAUAAGGUCAUCCAGGCUGGCCUCGUCCAUGGCGCUGUCUUUUGCGCAACCAAUGCCGCUGGAGACUUCACCUACACCAGCGCCCUCGGUGAGCGGACUCUGUUGUCUGGUGAGAAGGCGACGCAGCGCGCGGAUGAUAUUCUCUGCCUUGCCGCUGCCACUGGCCUCGUCACAACCAUUGCGGUAUUGCAAUGCGUGGAGGACGGCACCCUAAGUCUGACCGACGACAUUCUCGACAUAGCCCCGGAGCUCAGAGACAAGCAAGUCAUCACUGGUCACUCAAAGUUCGCCGAUGGUCAAAAGCCGACUAUGGAGCCACUAAGAGGCCCUACCACACUCCAAAUGCUUCUUACCCAUAGCUCAGGUGUGGUGUUUGACGUGCUCAAUGAGCACGUUGACCGUUGGCGUCGCACCUUUGCACCGCAGGACCCGAACGCUCAACUUACAACUCCUCGUUUCGAGAUGGGCGGCCGCGGCGGCAUGGCCAUUACUCUUGUACUGGGCCGGAGCAAGGUUGCAUAA